CUCAAGAAGACAAUACGAUUAGGAAAAAACCAAAAAUGAAUAAAAAAUCGCAAUUACUUCGAGAAAAGAAGGAAGAGUUGGAAAGAGCAGCUGUGAUACCGGCGCCCAAAGACGCCUCGAGCUAUGGCGAAAUGGGCAAACCUGUCGUAUUAACCAAUAUUUCGACUGAAAUUCAGCGCAAAAUAGAUAAGGGAUGGGAAAGCAAUGCAUUCAAUCAAUACAUCAGUGAUUUAAUAUCAAUUGAACGGAAACUGCCAGACGUUAGAGAUCCACAGAAAACAAUGUUUUAA